AUGGAGAAGCGAGUGAACCGGAAGUUCCACGAGACCCUGUGCAACCUUCUGGUUGCCGGAAGCAACCUCAUGGUGAUAGUCCUGUUUUUUCGGCUGAGCGUCUACCAGUGGCACCUGCUCACCAAUGCCAAUCACCUGCUGUCUCCGGCUCUGGACAUCUCCAGCGUGGCCGGGUAUGCAGUGGUCCUGUUCAUGAUCUCCUUCAGGCAGCUAGUCAUACCACGGAGUCUCGACCUGUGGUAUUUCGCGCUGCAGGGCUUGAACAUUUUGCCCCUAGCCGUGGCGGAUCCUGCCGACAUA